AUGCACCUGGAAUUUGAGAAGGCACACGAUGUUCUCCUCGACGACGUUCGGGAUACCAUUAAUCGUCGACCACCACAGUUCAGCACUUCUAAAAGACUGGCAAAUCGAUGGAAUCACCGGUUGAGCUACGAGAGCCUAUCACAAGGUGUAUCGCCCCUAAAAAAUUCCGUCAAGACUUCCACCCCAUUAGUACCAAUCCCACUCGGCGUGGGAAGGCCGGCCUCGCUAUUCUAUCCCUGGCAGUCCAUGACUAUGACUGGAACUAAAGAGUCGAACACAGCAAGCCCUAUGACUUGCAAAAUAGGGGAGGUGGCUUUCGAUCUUUCAUCUGCUUUAAACUAUGCUGAUCCUUCUGGGUCGACGGAGUUAGUGGCCUGUUUUCGGGAGAACACUCGUCUGAUUCAUAACCCCCCUUACCACGAUUGGGAUACAACUCUUACAUGCGGGUCCACAUCUGCUAUUGAUAUAGUCUUGCGCAUGUUCUGCAAUAGGGGAGACUGGAUCUUAACAGAGGCUUCUACAUAUACUGGCACGGUAAUGGCAUCGAAGGCUCAUGGCCUUAAGAUCCAAAGCAUUGAGAUGGAUGAGGAGGGUCUCGUACCAGCGGAUUUGGAUUUCAAGCUCCGACACUGGGAUAUGUCGCGAGGUCGCAAGCCUUAUGUUCUUUAUACCAUCCCAUCUGGACACAAUCCGACAGGUGUAACCCAAUCGACAGCACGAAAGGCGGCAAUCUAUCAAGUUGCUGAGCGGUAUGACUUACUUAUCCUUGAGGAUGAUCCAUACUUCUUCUUACGACUUGACGCAUCCUCUUCAUCACUGGAUAUCAACCCUCCUUAUUCAUCAUUUGAAAAAUUGCGAGCAUCAUUACCCUCAUCAUACCUUUCCCUUGAUAAAGCUGGCCGAGUUAUUCGUGUGGACUCUACCUCAAAGAUACUGGCCCCUGGUCUUCGGUGUGGUUGGCUAACGGCCAGCAAACAAAUAGUCGAAAUAUUCGAAAAUUUUGCUGAGGUCGGGCCAGCACCUCCUGGCGGCCCAUCCCAGGUCAUGUUGUACAAGUUGCUUGUUGAGAGCUGGGGCCAAGAAGGCUUUGCAAAUUGGCUGAAUCAUUUGUCUAGAGAGUAUAAGUCAAGGAGAGACAUCAUGAUUGCAGCAUGCUCCCAGCAUUUGCCCGCAGGUCUAUGCGCAUGGACAACGCCUACACAUGGAAUGUUCUUGUGGAUUACAAUUGAUUUACGGAGACAUCCUGACUACUCUGAAAAGCGAACGAGUCUUUCGCUUGACCUUGAGGAGAAAAUCUACCAGCGGGCUGCAAAUCAUGGGGUAGCUGUUGCAAAAGGGAGCUGGUUCAAUAUCGAAACGUGUUUGGAUAAGGUCUUUUUCAGAGUAACGUUCGUGUCCACUACUUGCCUGGAUGAGCUUGAGUAUGGAAUUAAGCGACUUGGAGUGGCUGUGAGAGAAGAGUUUAGGCUUCCAAAAGCCUAA